GCGAGGCUGUCAGCGCCCAUGCAGAGUGGCCAGCGAAGGAGCUCCAGCAAGCCCGCGCCCUGGUGGCGUCCAUGGACUCCUGGGAGGAGGCCAUGCAGAAGGGCCGCUCUCAGAUCACUGCGCAAGAGGGAGGCAACAUUGGUGCGCUGUGUGAGGCGCUGGAG